AAAAGAAAAAAAAAACCCAAACCGGCACCGUCAAUAAAGACAAUAUCAUCAUCAUCAUAAUCAUCAUCCUACGUCUCCCUCGAUCAUCAUCCUUGACCUUGAAAUUAAGCCUUCCUUUGUUCAACAGCAAAGAAAAUUCAAAGUUGUAACAAUAUACCCUUGAAUCAACCUCUGCUUGUUUAAGAAAGAAGGAAAACUUGUGAAACAAGAAGAAGAAGAAGAGAAGAGCAAAAAAGUGAAAUAUGUACGUGAGAGCGGUGCCAACGACAGAUCUGAACAAGAAUACGGAGUGGUUCACGUACCCAGGGGUUUGGACCACUUAUAUCUUGAUGGUUUUCAUUUCAUGGCUCCUCGUUUUAUCUCUCUUUGGCACCUCUGCUGGAACCGCUUGGACAAUUGUUCAUCUCGCGCAUUUCUUUGUCACAUAUCACUUCUUUCACUGGAAGAAGGGAACACCGUUUGCUGAUGACCAAGGUAUCUACAACGGUUUGACUUGGUGGGAGCAAAUAGACAAUGGCAAGCAACUGACACGGAACAGGAAGUUUUUGACUGUUGUACCUGUUGUGCUGUACCUUAUCGCCUCACAUACAACAGAUUAUCAAAACCCGAUGCUCUUCUUCAAUACGUUGGCCGUAUUUGUGCUGGUGGUUGCAAAGUUCCCCAACAUGCACAAGGUCCGUAUAUUCGGAAUCAACGGUGAGCAUUGAACAACUGCCAAGGAAUUCAUGUCUGGUUUUUCAAGUACAAAGUUUCAUUAUUCUGGGGUGAUCCCAAUUUCGAAAUAUAAUUGUAAUAUCCCUGUACGGAUAAUGAAACUGAAAAGGGCAUUCUCAUUUCUCUUUAAUCAGGUUAAGAAAAUAUACCUUCCUCCCUUCCUUUAAGCCAGGGAAAAAUACAUUCAUAUAUACUAUUUACUUUCUCUCUUUGCAAGCUAUAUAGAUAAUCUUCUUGCCUUA